AUGUCGUUCGCUCUCUUAUCGUUGGCAAUCAUUGCGUUGGUGUGUCCAUUGACAGUUAGUAGUAAAUAUGAUGCGGAUCGUCUCACAGUAGAGAUAGAAAAUUUACAAUCUACCAUCAACUGGUAUAGCAACGGCGCUGAGCUUUACAAGGAAUUGUUGAGCACUCUUCAUCAUGAUCUAAAGACAUCUCAAGAUGAAUUGGAAACAAGCGGUGGAGAAAAGAAAACAACUAUCGCUGAGUUUGUGAAAUGUCUCACAGAAUCUUUUGAAGACUCCUUCAAGCCGAGGUUCAACAGGAUCAUUUCAGACAUCAUCAGAGAAGUGCAUCAGUCAUAUGGGGAAUUCUUCGUCAUACCUGAGGAUAAACCUCUCUGGAAACAAUGGCUUAAACAUGGGUUUGAAUAUGUUCAUAAAUCCCCAGAUUUGACAGUUUGUGAUAGUCUCCUAUCGAAUAAACACACUAAAGAAAUACGUAAGUUGGGAGACCUGAUAAAAAUGCAGACCAGGUCUAAAGAAAUAAUUAAAACAUUUGCAGAAAUCAAAUCGAUUUACGAGAAUGUUAAGAAGAACAUGAUAAUUGGCAGCAAUAUUUCAGAUUUUCAAUUUUUAUACAUUGACUUUUUUCUUAUCACAACCCUUGGUUUAACAUUUGGCUAUACCCCUGCCUAUCCCCGCCUGUCUGUGGAACCACCUGGAAUGCGAUUAUUAUCCACUGUAACAUUAUUAUCUCUGGGUUUACAAUUGUUCACUUGUGCUCUUGUACAGUUCGCUGUAUUCACAAUCGUUAGAAUGCAACCAUGGUAUUUGCCUCUGAAUACAUAUCAUGAAGACUAUGAAUUACUGAACUAUGAAAGCACUGCGGUAUUUACUGUAUCCGUGUAUCAGUAUAUCAUAUUGGCUAUUGUCUUCUCUAAAGGAGCACCCUAUCGUCGAUCGAUUUUCUCUAAUUAUAUAUUUCUUUGCAACGUCGCUGUAUGCGUCGCUGCGUCUCUGUAUCUAACCUCCCACCCAACUCAUAUUAUUCGUCACUUAUUCGAGCUUUGUCGAAUACCUUCCAUUGUUUUUAUACUUAUCCUGCAUGGAAUAGCUCUUGGGAAUUUGUUAUUUGGAUGUAUUUUAGAGUCUAUUGUAGACGGUGUAUCAUUUCGUCAACGUAUACGUCAUAUUCGACUAGCCCUGUUCCCUAGACAUGUUGCACGUAAAGAUUAUGAACGUAUACGUGAUGAAAUUGAUCGUUUGGCUGGUGUAUGGCCACCAAUUAUACGAUCUGCAAGUGUACAAGCAUUACCAAGAGAACUUUUCAAUGAAUCUAAUGUUAACGCAGAAGCUGCAUCACAAUUAAAUUAUUCAAGAAAACGUUAUAAUUCUGGACUUUCAACAGAUAGUGAAGAUGAUAAUGAUGGUGAUAAUGUUUCAAUUGGUUCUCAUGUGAAAGCUGUAUUAUAUAAUAAUGUGAAUGAUACUACUCCAACUCACUUUCUACCGACGUCUGACAAUCCGCCAAAAAGUGCUAUAGAGAACCCUACUCGUAAGAAUCGAACACGUUCCACCAGUAGCCAUAGACGACAUUCUUUUCAUACUGGUGAUCUUGACAGGAAAGAAGCAAAACGUUCUACUUCAAGAGAAGAUGCUCCAAAACAAUACACACCUAUAGUCUCCAAGGUAUCAGACGAUGAACAUGUACGAUCUCACAGUGGACGUAGACAUGAUACAUAUAAACAUCUUGUUGAUGCUCAACCUCAACUGAAUCCAUUCCAUUCAUCUACAAAUUGCUGACAGUUAGUAUGAGAAAAAAGUUGUUGAUUCGCUUUUUUCCUUAUAUGCCCUUCGUCUUUCG